AAGCACCCCACACGGCAAGGCCCCGGUGAACCCUCAGACACCGACCAUCUCCCGGCUCGCGUCAUCCACUGUCCAAUCCUCGCCGCACUACAGCACCACCCGGCGGCACUCGCUCUAUGGCGUCGAGGACCGCAUCGUCAUCGACCCUGGCUCACGCGUAUGGAAAGUGGGCUUCAGCGGCGAGGGACGACCGCGCGAUGUCUUCUACGGGAUGGGGGCGCCGGAACCGGCGCUUUGGACGCUUGACCGCGGCGCAGAUGACGCGGAGGAGUUCGAGAAAGAGCGCAUGUUGGAGAUCAGGCUGGAGACAAGCUUGAGACGCGUGUUUCACGACUCGUUGUUGACAGAUCCAAAGGCGAGGAAAGUUAUCAUUGUCGAGCACCCGUUGCUGCCGCUCUAUAUCAAAGAUAUGAUUGCUCGAAUCUUGUUCGAGAACCUACAAGUUCCUUCUUUGUCUUUUGCUUCGAGCCACCUGCUAUCCCUGUUUGCAGUCGGUCGAAUAACAGGGCUCGUGCUAGAUUGCGGUCACCUAGAGUCUGUUGCUUUGCCAGUCUUCGCAGCCAGACCAAUGCAUUCUCUCCUCCGAGCGACCCCGCUUGCAGGAGCGCGCCUCACCGCCCACCUGCGGGCGCUAUUACUUCUGUUCGGCACAUAUCUACCUCCGCCAACAUCUCUGAGCGGAGCCGCCAACAUUCCAAGCGCCAGCCGGGCUACCCGUGUUCCGCAAGAAGUCUUGACUGACGCAGUCAUUGAAGAGAUCAAGAGCCGGUGUUGUUUUGUCGGCUCGUCCCUGGGACCAUCGACGGAUGCGCAUGAAAGAGACGCGACGCCUGGGCCAGGGGACGAUUUUUCCGAGGCGGAGAUGCCACCCAGUGACUCUACGCAUUCGGAGUCUGAUUUCUCACUCGCUGGGAGAGAAAGCUCUGUAUCGCACGAGUCAUCAGAGUUCUCGAUGGUCUCUUCGAAUGUGCGCGGGGGUGCGUCACGAGGCGGCCAGCACACGGAAGGACAUCUGCAGGGCCUCGCAACACUGUAUCAGCGGCAUUCGACCGCGACCGAGCUGCACAUGAGUGUUGUGCCGCCCGCUUCGCAGCAGAAUGGGACUGGGCGCGGUACCUUAGUCAUUCCAGGAUGGAUACGUGAGCGGACGGCGGAAGUGCUUUUCGAAGGAGGGGACGUUGACGAGCGCAGCCUUGCGGAGUUGGUCCUGGACUCGUUACUGAAGGUGAGUUCGCUCAGUCGAAUGGUGAUCCCACUCAUAGAUGAGUAGGUCCCUGUUGACCUGCGUAAAACCCUGGCUUCGUCAAUCCUGGUUGUGGGAGGGACAGCGAUGCUCCCUGGCUUCAUACAGCGACUUCACGAGGAGCUCAUCCGAGCUGUCUCGCCCUCGCCUGUGCUGCCCAGGCCAGGGGGCAAAUCAGGCCGCCCCCCACCACCGGGAUACGAUCCGUAUGCGCCGUUGAGGCCUCUGCUCCCUUACUUUGCCAUCCUCAACGACCCCAAUCCGCCGCCCCCCACGACAUCCAGAGCGAAAGGGAAUGCCGGGAAGGCACCCGCGUUUACUCCUGCGACGAUGGCUUGGAUCGGUGGAUCAUUAGCCGGCGCGCUGAAGACGGGCGGCGUCGAAGUGAAUCGCGAGCAGUGGGACAUCGCACGGGAUGACGACAGGCAUCCGGACGCGAUGGACAUCGAUCGCCCGCAGAUCGUCUUACCCGACUGGACGAGAUCGCCUCUGCCCGUGGGGGCGCCUCCUGCCCGAGCCGUUCAAGAGCCUACGACUCCUCAAGUAGCGAUCACAGCAUGACAUCCAUUACAUUGCAUUCGAAUUGCAGGGUCCGUUCUGUCUGAAA